AAAUUUUUCCCGUUAACCUCAAUCUCGUCCCAAACGUCAUUACCCAUAAAGAAAGCAAAAAAAACGAUUAAUUCCAAGAAACAAUGUUUUAAUUAACUCCUACGCAACAAACAAGAUAAUCAUUUUCUUCCAAUAUGUUUUUUCCGGCGGUGAUUUUCGCCUUUUUAGCGAUACCAUCGGUUUUAAUCGACUCAAAGAGUGUUUUUCGAAGAAGUUCCCAACAAAAAGAGGAUUUCCUUAAUAACCCCAAGUAUUUAAACUACCAAGAGUUAACUCAGUAUUUUAAAAUACUCCAAAACGAGUAUCCGAGCUUGGCGAAACUAGAAAGUGUCGGCAAAUCGGUUAAACAACGCGAUUUAUGGGUGUUAAGGGUCGGAAAAGACGUCGAAUCAAGACCUUUAUUGAACCCGAUGAUGAAAUUGGUGGCGAAUAUGCACGGUGAUGAAACUGUGGGGAGGAUGUUGGUUAUAUUUAUGGCCCAAUAUUUAUUGGAUAAUUAUGGGAGAGAUGAGAGAGUUACUAAGUUGGUUAAUAACACAGAGAUUUAUUUGAUGCCUUCUAUGAAUCCUGAUGGGUAUGAGGAUUCGUUAGAGGGGUCAUGCGAGUCAAAAAGGGGGUAUAUUGGGAGGAAUAAUGCAAGAGGGAAGGAUUUAAACCGAGAUUUUCCCGAUCAAUACCACAAAUAUGGGGCUAACUUAAUUAAUCGGCAACCUGAAACUUUGGCAAUGAUGACUUGGAUUGUCUCAAACCCUUUUGUGUUAUCAGCUAAUUUACAUGGAGGGGCUGUUGUUGCUAGUAUUCCUUUUGAUAACUCAGGGCGAGUUUCAGCUUCAAAAUACAAAACGGGGCACAGCAACCCAUCCCCUGAUCACUCCUAUUUCACCAAAUUAGCUUAUUUGUACGCCCAAAAUCACCGUUACAUGAAAACAGGGCGAUCUUGCGACACCGAAGACUUCCCCGGUGGGGUUACAAACGGGGCCGAAUGGUAUGAACUCGAUGGUGGGAUGCAAGAUUACAAUUACAUCCACUCGAAUUGCUUUGAAAUCACCCUCGAAUUGAGUUGUUGCAAAUUUCCUUUGGCAAAUACCUUACCGAAAGAGUGGGAGUUAAAUAAAGAACCUUUAUUGUUGUUGAUGGAGGCUACUCAUUGGGGAGUUAAAGGUUUAAUUCAAGAUGAGAAAGGAAGGGGGGUUCCCGAAGCGGUUGUUGUGGUUGAAGGAAUUAAGCACAAUGUGACUUCAUCGAAUCGAGGGGAAUAUUGGAGGUUAUUAGUCCCAGGGAAUUAUGUUAUGUAUGCUUUUGGGUAUGGUUAUGGGGUGUCUGAGAAGAUUCGUGUUACCAUUGUUGAAGGGGCCACAACAAGACAGGAUUUUAUGUUGAAAAAAAGCGGAAGGAUGCAAGGUAAAUUCACCGAACAAGAAAACAUCACAACACCGGAAUUCGACGAGUUUGGAUUCGUUUUGCGCGAUAAAAACGAAUUUCGACACCACGAUUACACAGAAAUGGAAAAAUUUUUGAUAGAGUACAACGAGACUUACCCCAAUAUAACCGAUUUGAAAUCAAUUGGAAAAUCGGUUGAAGGAAGAGAACUUUAUGUCUUGGUUUUGGGAAACACUCCACUUAAACACGUUCCAGGUAAAAUCAAAAUCAAAAAAUAAUAUACUUAUAUAUAG